GCCCCUCGGGCGGGCGGCGAGGCAGCACAGUGCGCAGCUAUGGCGGGCGCCCGGCAGCCCCGGCGCCUAGUGCUCCUAGUGCUGUCGCUGCUGCCUUUGCUGCCCGGCCCGGCCGCCCGGCCCCGCGAGCGGCUCCGAGUACUCUUCACCCCGGCUGUGUGCCGCCUGCGCUGCACCGGGAAUCGCUGCGUGCCCCACUGCGUGCGCGCCAACACCACGAGCGUGGAGAGCGGCGCCCCUGGCGGGGCACCGCCCGCGGGGCCAGGCUUCCGAGUGUUCUUGUGUCCACUCUUGUGCCAUAACGGGGGGGUGUGCGUGAAGAAGGACCGCUGCCUUUGCCCCCCGGACUUCACGGGCAAGUACUGCCAGCUGCCUGCCUCUCGCACGCGCCACGAGGCCCCUCCGCCUCCCCCACCUGGGGUCACCAAGUCGGUGUAUACGCUGCCUCUGGCCAACCACCGGGAGGAAGAGGAUGGCGUGGCGUCCCUGGUGAGCGUCCAUGUGGAACACCCUCAGGAGGCUUCAGUCAUCAUCCACCAAGUGGAGCGUGUGAGCGGCCCAGGGCCCAGCCUGGGCCCCGAGGAGUCGGGAGCUACGGGCCAAAGCCAGGCCCGGGCCUCGGGGGUGCCUUCGGACCGCGCCGCCUUGUACACGGUGCUGGCCCAGAGCAGCCCCCGGGGUGAGGAGGAGGAAGGUGGCGGGUACACCGACACCUCGGGCUUCGGCUACUGCUUCCGCCAACUCCGCGAAGGCGAGUGCGCCUCCCCGCUGCCAGGGCUGCGAACUCAGGAGGUCUGCUGUCGAGGGGCUGGCUUGGCCUGGGGAGUUCACAAUUGCCAGCCCUGCUCCGAGCACCUAAGCGGCGUAGGCCGGGUGGGCUCCUCGGACGCAGCGUGCCCCACGGGCUUUGAAAGAAUCAACGGCUCCUGCGUCGACGUGGAUGAGUGCUCCGAGCCGGGUCGCUGCCAACACGGGGAGUGCGCGAACACUCGCGGCGGCUACACGUGCGUGUGUCCCGAUGGCUACCUGCUCGAUUCUUCCCGGAGCAGCUGCAUCUCCCAGCAUGUGAUCUCAGAAGCAAAGGGCCCUUGCUUUCGGGUACUCAGGGCUGGAGGCUGUUCGCUGCCCAUCCUGCGCAAUAUCACCAAACAAAUCUGCUGCUGUAGUCGGGUGGGCAAGGCCUGGGGCCAUAGCUGCCAGCUGUGCCCACCUUUUGGCUCAGAGGGUUUCAGAGAGAUAUGUCCAGCUGGCCCUGGUUAUCAUUACUCAGCCUCUGACCUCAGAUACAACACUCGCCCCUUGGGCCCGGAACCACCCCGAGUACCCAUCAGUCAGCCCCGGGUGCCUCCACCUGCCAGCUCAGCACCCCCAGUCUGGGUUCCUACGGUUGUCUGGAGCUAUCCACCUACUUCCCGCCCGGAGCCCAGACCCAGACCCCGGCCUCAGCCCCAGCCUAGGCCCGAGGAACCCCUGCCCACUGUCCCCAUUCAACCAAUCCCUGAAGUUCCUGAAAGAGGUCCACUGGCAAGAGGCGUGUGUCAGCGGAAUCCCCAGAUCUGUGGUCCAGGGCGCUGUAUCCCCCGCCAGGGCGGUUAUACGUGUGUGUGUGACUCGGGCUUCUGGCUCAGCACCCAUGGCACACACUGCAUCGAUGUAGAUGAGUGCCGCCAGAUACCCAGACCCUGUGCCCAUGGGCGCUGUGAGAAUUCAGCAGGCAGCUACCGCUGUAUCUGUGCCCCUGGUUUCUAUGCCAAUCCACAAGGCACUGAAUGUCAGGAUAUAGACGAAUGCGUCCAGCAGCCCUGCACCAACGGGCGUUGCGAGAACACUCCCGGCAGCUAUCUGUGCGUUUGUCCGGCUGGGUACAAGGCUGCUCCCCAUGGAGCUGGCUGCCAAGACAUCAACGAAUGUGCCCAGAGCCCGGGGCCCUGUGGUUGGGGCCACUGCGAAAAUCUGCCUGGCUCUUACCGCUGUUCCUGUCCACCCGGCUUCCAAGGCCCCGAGUGUGAAGACAUAGAUGAGUGUGCCCGGGACCCCCCUCCCUGUGGGCCCGGCCGGUGCGACAACACAGCUGGAAGCUACCACUGUGCCUGCCCUGCCGGAUAUCGUUCCCACGGGCCCGGAGCACCAUGUGUUGACGUGGAUGAGUGCCAGCGAAGUCCCUGCAGCUACGGGCGCUGCGAGAACGUGGACGGCUCCUACCUGUGUACCUGCCCCACUGGCUUCCGGCUCAACGCCGCGAGCCAGGCUUGUGAGGAUAUUGAUGAAUGUGAAAAUCACGUGGCUUGCCCAGGACAGGAAUGUGUCAACUCCCCGGGAUCCUUCCAAUGCCGGGCGUGUCCCGCCGGCCACCGGCUGCUCCAGGGCCGCUGCGCUGACGUGGAUGAGUGCAGCUCAGGUGCCCCCUGCGGACCCCACGGGCACUGCACCAACACGGACGGUUCCUUCCGUUGCAGUUGCGAGCCUGGCUACCGGCUCCCACCGGGCGGGCGACCCGGUCCUUGUGCAGAUGUGAACGAGUGCCUGGAGGGAGACUUCUGCUUUCCCCACGGCGAGUGUCUCAACACCGACGGCUCCUUUGCUUGCACGUGUGCUCCGGGUUACCAGACGGGGCCCCGCGGAUCCUCCUGUAUCGACGUGGACGAGUGCCGAGACGAGAGCCUGUGUCAGGGAGGCCUUUGCACCAACACCGACGGCUCCUUUGAGUGCGCCUGUCCUCCGGGAUACCGCGCCAGUGCCGACCUCACUUCCUGCCUCGAUGUGGACGAAUGCCGCGAAGGAGGGUCGGCCCUGUGUGGGACUCAGCGCUGCGAGAACUCCCCAGGCUCCUAUCGCUGCGUCCGGGACUGCGACCCGGGUUACUUCGCAGGUCCCGAAGGCAACUGUGAUGAUGUGGACGAGUGCCGAGAAUACGGGCCGGUGCUGUGUGGGACCCAGCGCUGUGAGAACACCCCGGGCUCCUACCGCUGCGUCCCAGUCUGCGAGCCGGGCUACCAGCCCACGCCCAGCGGCGGCUGCCAGGAUGUGGAUGAAUGUCGGAACCGAACCUUCUGUGGGGCCCACGCCAUGUGCCAGAAUUUGCCGGGUUCUUUCCAGUGUCUCUGUGACCAGGGCUAUGAAGGAGCCAGGGAUGGGCGCCACUGUGUGGAUGUGAAUGAGUGUGAGACCCUCCAAGGUGUGUGUGGGGCCGCGCUGUGUGAGAACGUGGAGGGCUCCUUCCUCUGCGUUUGUCCCACCAGCCCCGACGAAUUCGACCCCAUGACUGGACGCUGUGUUCCGCCAAGACCUCCUGCCAGGUCGAGUCCUCAGUUGCCCUCGAACCCUGGGCUCCCUGCCCGUCCACCACCUCCACCAGCUCCUCCUCGGAGACCCACGGCACCGAGACCGGGCCCUGGCCCUGGGGCUAGCAGCGGACGAAGGGAGUGUUACUAUGACACCGGGGCCCCCGAUGCCUGUGACAACAUCUUGGCGAGGAACGUCACCUGGCGGGAAUGCUGCUGUACUGUGGGCGAGGGCUGGGGCAACGGCUGCCGCAUCCAGCAGUGUCCAGGCCCUGAGACAGCGGAAUACCAGUCUCUGUGCCCACAUGGCCGGGGUUACCUGUCCCCCCCGGGAGACCCCAGCGUCCGGAGAGACGUGGACGAGUGCCUGCUGUUCGGGGACCAGGUGUGCAAGAGCGGGGUGUGCGUGAACACGGCCCCCGGCUACUCCUGUUACUGCAGCAACGGCUACUACUACCACACGCAGAGGUUGGAGUGCAUAGACAAUGAUGAAUGUGCGGACGAGGAGGAGGCAUGUGAGGGCGGCCAGUGUGUCAACACCGUGGGCUCCUAUCACUGCACCUGUGUCCCUCCGCUGGUGCUGGAUGGCUCGCGGCGGCGCUGUGUGACCAACGACAGUCAGAGUCUGGACGACAACCUGGCCGUGUGCUGGCAGGAGGUGGGCCCGGACCUGGUAUGUAGUCGCCCUCGACUGGACCGCCAGGCCACCUACACCGAGUGCUGCUGCCUUUAUGGCGAGGCUUGGAGCAUGGACUGCGCGCUGUGCCCGGCCCGAGACUCAGAUGACUUUGAGGCGCUCUGUAACGUGCUUCGCCCACCGGCCUAUGGGCCGGCCCGCCCGGGAGGCUUUGGGAUCCCCUAUGAAUAUGGACCAGACUUCGGACCGGGCUAUGGAGGUCUCCCCUACGGACCAGAGCUGUACCCACCCCCACCCCCACCAGUCCCUGGGCUGGGCUAUGACCCUUACCCACCUCCUCCAGGCGCCCUGCCCUUCCCCGGCCCAGGUAGCCCCUAUGGCCCACCACCCUUCGAGGUGCCCGACUUUGACUCGGUGGCUGCCGGGGCCUACAGGGAGCCCGAGGGCCGCCCACCUCUGGAUUCCACUGCCCGCUGGCGCUAUCGGCCCCGGGACACGGGGGGCUCUUUCCCAGAGCCUGAGGAGGAAGAGGAAGAGGAAGCCAGAGCCCCCUAUGCUGCCGGCCGCUAUGAGCCCUUCGAGGGGCUGCAGGCUGAAGAGUGUGGGAUUUUGGACGGCUGUAACAAUGGGCGCUGCAUCCGGGUCCCCGAGGGCUACACCUGUGACUGCUUUGAUGGCUAUCGACUGGAUAUGACCCGCAUGGCCUGCGUGGACAUCAAUGAGUGUGAGGAGGCAGAGGACCGGAACUCGCUGUGCGUCAAUGGCCGCUGUCUCAACUCCGACGGCUCGUUCCGCUGCCUCUGCCGGGCUGGCUACAUGCCGUCACAUCAGCCUCACCGGUGUGUCCCUGCCCGCCCCCAAGCCUGAGCUGGAUCAGCCCCCCACCACGGACCGGGCUGAACCAGAGAAGGGAUCGCGGAAAGCCCCCUAGAGCCCGCUUCCAGCAGGGGCUGGACGUGGCCGACACGGCCCCAGGCCGGCCCCAUCUACUGUAGCCCCCUUCCCCGCCACACUCUGCACACGCGUGUCCCAUCCCGCACACAUGCUUUGCUCACAAUUCUGCUCAGAUGCACGGGACACAUGACUGGAUGGAGAGAUGGGCAGAGGGACAGACAGAUACCACUCCGGACACACGUCCUCCACCUCGGCCCAGGGCCUACGGCGAUCCUGCUCCCCCUAAGGGAACACUGAGGUCCAGAGGCCUGGUCCUGGCUUAUUCCCUCCCCUCCCUUUCCCUGACAGCCCCCCUCAAAUUUUUUUCAAUAAAUUUCCUUUUUCUA